AUGAGUCCUCAAAACCAGUUUCUAAGGGAGUAUAAGAUUGUCGUGGUGGGCGGGGGUGGCGUUGGGAAGAGUGCUCUCACCAUCCAAUUCAUUCAAGAACACUUCGUCGAUGAAUAUGACCCCACUAUCGAAGACUCCUACCGGAAACAAUGCGUGAUUGACGACGAGGUGGCAUUACUCGAUGUUCUUGAUACGGCAGGACAAGAGGAAUAUGGGGCCAUGCGUGAACAAUACAUGCGAACUGGCGAAGGCUUUCUUCUCGUCUAUUCGAUCACCUCGCGCGAUUCCUUUGAAGAAAUCAGCACAUACUAUCAGCAAAUUCUGCGCGUUAAAGACGUCGACAAUUUCCCGGUUGUCGUUGUUGCCAAUAAAUGUGAUUUGGAGUACGAACGCCAGGUUGGGAUGAAUGAGGGUCGAGACUUGGCCAAACAUUUUGGAUGCAGAUUUAUUGAAGCAUCGGCAAAACAACGCGUUAAUGUGGAUGAGGCCUUUUCGAAUGUGGUGCGCGAGAUCAGGAAGUACAACAAGGGCAGUACUACAGCCCGGUCUGGCGGUGGUACUGGGCCGAAUGGGAGCGAACCGGUGCAAGGAGACAGUGAAGACGCAGCUUUCUCCUCCACCCAUCACUCAACCCCGCCUCUCCGUUCGCUCCCUUUCCAAAAAAUGACCAGUCGCGCUCAAUUUCUGCGGGAAUAUAAGCUUGUCGUUGUUGGCGGAGGAGGUGUUGGCAAGAGUGCUCUAACAAUUCAAUUCAUCCAAUCACACUUUGUGGUUGAAUACGAUCCCACCAUUGAAGACUCGUACCGCAAACAAUGUGUGAUUGACGACGAAGUGGCACUUUUGGAUGUUCUGGACACCGCUGGGCAGGAGGAAUAUGGGGCCAUGCGAGAGCAGUACAUGCGCUCUGGCGAAGGCUUCCUCCUUGUUUACUCCAUUACUUCCCGCGACUCGUUUGAAGAAAUCAGCACGUUCCAUCAACAAAUUCUCCGCGUCAAGGAUGUCGAUUCCUUCCCAGUCAUUGUCGUCGCGAACAAGUGUGACCUGGAGUAUGAGCGUCAGGUUGGCAUGAAUGAGGGUCGUGAUCUUUCCAAGCAUUUCGGAUGCAAGUUCAUCGAGACAUCGGCUAAGCAACGCAUCAACGUCGACGAGGCAUUCACUAAUCUAGUUCGCGAAAUUCGGAAAUACAACCAGGAGCAGAAGACAGGCCGUCCAAUGAUGCCAGGCGGUGGCCCUACAACAAACCAGUAUGGCGCAGCAGACCCGAGUGAGCAGCAUUCUGGUGGUUGCUGCAGCGGAUGUGUCGUGCUUUAG